UCACACAACCUGAAACUAUAAGAUUACAUACUCUCUCUCACCUUCUCUCAUAAAUUGACCUCAAACCUAUCUGAAAUGCUGCAUCAGAUAGAGAUGGAUCACUCUGAGCUCUUUCAGUUCCUUUCAAACACCAAUGGUUCUUUCUUUCCUGAAUCUGCAUCAUCUUUCCAACCAUUUCAUGCACCACCUCUUCAAGAUAAAGCCCUUGCUGCUUUGAGGAACCACAAAGAGGCUGAGAAGAGAAGAAGGGAAAGAAUCAAUGCUCACCUCAAUAAGCUUCGUACUCUUCUUCCUUGUAAUUCCAAGACCGACAAGGCUUCACUCUUGGCCAAGGUGGUCGAAAGGUUGAAGGAGUUGAAGCAGCAGAUGUCGGAAAUAACUCUAUGCGAAACGUUUCCUUCAGAGACCGACGAGGUCUCCGUUCUGUCCACCAGCGGUGACGAGAGUGGCGGUGACGGACGAGUCAUAUUCAAGGCGUCGUUGUGCUGUGAGGACCGCUCCGACCUCAUCCCUGAUCUCGUCAAAAUUCUCAAGUCUCUGCACCUCACGACACUAAAAGCCGAAAUCGCAACGCUGGGCGGAAGAACCCGCAACGUUCUCGUGGUGGCCACCGACAAAGAUCACGGCGUUGAAUCGAUCCACUUCCUGGACAGUUCGUUGAACUCUCUGCUAGAACACAACAGCACAUCCAAACGACGCCGUGUGGUGGGACCAAAGUCCAUCGCUUAACUGCCAUAAACCGUUUUGCAGCUGUGACAUGAGAUAGGGUUUGUUUCACCAUGUUGCUCUAUAAAACAAAUGAACUCCUUCAGUUAAACUGUAAAAUGUUUACUUUAAUGAAUUUUUUUUUUUUACUACUUUUUUGACAAAACAUACAUAGUAGUACG